AUGAAAGCGUUUUUGGUAUUAGCUGCCGUAGCGGCCAUUAGCUCAGCCAGACCCGAGGCUGGCUACUCCUAUAACGCCCCUGGCGGUGGAGGGCUGUCCUCUGGCAGUCUCUUCGGUGGACACUCCUCUGGCGGAUUCACUGGCGGCAGCUUUGGCAGUGGAAGCAUUGGCGGAUUCUCAGGAGGCAGUGGUUUCGGCGGCGGCUUCGGAGGCGGAAGCGGAAGCGGAUUCUCAGGAGGUUUUGGCGGCGGUUCCGGCUUCGGCGGAGGCGCUCUUGUCCAAAAACAUAUUUACGUCCACGUCCCACCCCCAGACCAUGAAGAACACCGCCCUCUGGUCUUAGGAGGAGGCGUGCCCCAAAAACACUAUAAAAUCAUCUUCAUCAAGGCCCCAUCUCCUCCUGCACCGAUCACACCUAUUAUCCCAGCUCAGCCUCAGAACGAAGAGAAGACACUUGUAUAUGUGCUGGUUAAGAAACCUGAGCAACAGCAUAUUACUAUACCAGCUCCCGCCCCGAUUCAGCCAUCAAAGCCUGAGGUUUACUUCAUUAAGUAUAAGGCUCAGAAGGAAGGCGGUAUCGGGGGUGGAUCUAUCGGUGGUAUCGGAGGUGGAUCUAUUGGAUCUAUCGGAGGUGGUAUCGGCGGUAUCGGAGGUGGAUCUAUCGGAGGUAUAGGGGGUGGAUCUAUCGGAGGUAUAGGAGGUGGAUCUAUCGAAGGUAUCGGAGGUGGCAUCUCUGGCGGUAGCAUUGGCGGUGGUCACAUUUCUGGAGGGUCGGUCAGCUCUGCUUAUGGAGCCCCUGUCCACUCAGGCUCACACUAAGUUUGGCUUUUGGAGCCC